AGACAGUAACCAACGAGAUUCGCCAACGCUUUGAGAUUUCCAAAUUACGCACCCUUUUGGAGAAAGUAAGGAAAGGGUGCAUGAUGUGUCGAAUCAGAAAUGCUCUGCCAAGUCCUCCUGCAAUGGCACCACUCCCGGCGGCCCGACUACAACCUUUCAUUCGACCGUUCACCUAUGUUGGGGUAGAUUAUUUCGGGCCAAUAUUGGUCAAGGUUGGAAGGAGUCAGGUGAAAAGAUGGGUAGCUUUGUUCACCUGCCUUACAAUUCGCGCGGUUCACCUGGAAGUGGUGCACAGUUUAUCCACCGAAUCUUGCAUCAUGGCGGUGCGACGUUUUGUUGCGCGACGUGGAUAUCCGGCCGAAUUUCAUUCGGAUAAUGGGACGUGCUUCCAAGGAGCGAGCAAGGAGUUAGAGAGAACAGAAACUGAUAAGCACAACAAUGCAAUGGCAACUACAUUCACGACUGCUAAGACCAAAUGGGUCUUUAUACCACCAGCGACGCCCCAUAUGGGAGGGGCAUGGGAGCGACUAGUACGAUCCGUAAAGGUAGCUAUUGAAUCCAUAUCAGAUGGUCCACGAAGGCCAGACGACGAGGUCCUGGAGACGAUCCUUUUCGAAGCAGAAGCAUUGAUAAAUUCGCGCCCACUCACUUACAUACCGCUUCAGUCAGCGGAUGAGGAAGCCAUCACACCCAACCACUUUCUUCUGGGGACUUCGAGUGGUGAUAAGCUCCCACCAACCGAGCCGGUUGAUUCGCCAGCAGUACUCCGAAGCAGCUGGAAACUCGCACAGGCUAUGACUCUGCGAUUUUGGACGAGGUGGGUGAAAGAAUAUCUUCCAGUUACCACUCGAAGAUCAAAGUGGUUUGAAGAGACCCGGGAUAUCGCAGUAGGAGAUUUGGUAUUGGUAGUAGGAGGGACAACCAAAGACCAAUGGACACGAGGACGUAUUGAAGCCGUUAUUCCCGGACGGGACGAAAGGGUCCGCCAGGCCUUGGUCCGUACAGCUGCAGGAGUUCACCGACGACCAGCGGUUAAGUUGGCAGUUCUCGACGUGAUGGAGCGUGGUGAACCCCAAACGGAAGUCUCUGAGAUAAAGGGACGUAACUAGGGUUCACGGGAGGGGGGAUGUCACGUCACCCCCCUGCAACAGAUCAACUGUGGUCGAUACUCUGUGGUCAAGCUUGACCACUACAGCGAUCGAGGAGGAGAGGAGAGAGAAUAUGUAGAACAUACAACGGUGGAACCAAAACAAACCGAAGUUGAUGAAAUGCAUUGAAAUCAACGAUAUAGUGCAAAUCAUUGUGUUCAAUCUACAACUAAAUUCCUUACACUAAAAUCCUAAAUAUUGUUAGUAUCUAAUGCUAUAAAUAGUUAAAGUUCAAACUUACCCUGAAGUACUUGCCAUCUAGUGGUAUCGUGCAAUAUUGGUCUUAAAUCUAUAGUGCAAAGGUAGGAUAAAUGAGUCUUAAAACUAUGCGGAAUAUUAACCUAAAAUGAAUUCGUUAUCUGUUUAAGGUUUUGCUAAAUAUACACCACGUUAUAGACAAGGAACAAUAAUUGAAAUCCUAGAGUAGUUUGUAAGUAUGUCCACCAGUAACUAAAAGUUUUAUAACUAAGAACUCUUAAACCUAUAGGGCACAUAAGAGCAGUAGUAAGCCCGAUCUGGUGUGAUAGAACCCUACCGUUUGAAGGUCACCAAAAAUUCUUUUAGCUUACCUACCACCUACAAACGCGGUUUGCUCAAGAGAGUUUGGGAAACUUUCCACCCCCACAACAGU